GGGGUUACACCGCUGCCUGUGGAAACGCAAGGCGGCCGUUUCUUGAUGAGGGAUAACCUAGUUCUUCCCGCCGAAAUCCCGCGAGAUUCGUUCCCCAUUACCGGCACUUUCUGACUGGAAGAGCCUCGUGCUGUGACAAGCCGGACGGAGCGCUUCCUGAGCCAAAAGUAGUGUACAGACAAGUGAGGGAGGGGAGGCCGCACCGUGCUGACAGCCAGCGCAAGACAGGAGGCCUUCAGUCAUUCGCUCUGUCAGGGGAGAGACCCCAGUAACUGAGGCCUGAGGAGAGGACACCUUCUGCCUGAGGACACCGCCUGCUGGACAUCUCCAUUGGACUGAAGCCCCACCAAUGCUUUGUGAAGAGAGCCCUCACCCACUGCAAGGGCAGUCAGAGAGCUCCCUAUGGUGUAGGGGCCCCGUGAGCAGCCUGUAGGUGGCCGGCACAUUCUGGACAAGUGACCACCCCGCCCUCCAUCGCCUCAGACACUACACGAUGAGCUUCUGUGGGACUAAAUGAACCUUUGUGAACUCUUGAACUUCUUAAGACUGUGAUUAAGGAAUAAUCUUCUUGGCGACCCCCAGAAACUGUGACCCCCUUCACCUACAGAGACGGCAAGCAGUGAAGGUGGAAAAGCCAUAAAGUUGUAGAAGACCUUGUUAUAUGGAGGGAGGGUAGCGCUGUUGACCUGCCUUUUCAUGCUGCCGACACGUUACCCCUAUGCCGGAGCUGUGACGUGUCUGUGAAUGACGGAAGAAAGGAGGUGAAGAGGGUUGUCGUCGUCUUAUAUCUUGGCAGAGUUUGGCCAAGGGAACUUAUUGCAUUUUUGUGGGGUUCACCCCUCCCCUCUCCCCCUUCCCCAUUUUUUUUUCGGCAAAGGAAUGCCAAACCCAGUGCGGCAUGGGAACAAGAAGGAUAGCGGAGGGCCUGCAUCUAACAUGCCGCAAAGCAGUGGGAGCAGCAAUAACAAAGACCGUCAACGAGUGGGAACCAAGCACAAGCGACACAAGUCCAAGCAUCUCAGAGAUUCCCCAGGGACGCCCGAGCCUUUAGUCUCCACCACGCUGAAGCUGGUGGAGUAUGACGACAUUAGCUCGGACUCUGAUACCUUCUCAGACGACGUUUCUUCCAAACCAGAGAAAAGAGACAGCGAUGAGCGGCGAGGCUCUGAGAGGAGCGAUAAGACUCACAAAUCGCGUCAUCGUCAUCAGCACAAGAAGGUCAAAGAGUCUGCCAAGACUAAGCAAUUGGAAAGGGAACGUAGACCAGAGAAAAGCCAGGAGACCACUGGGAGCAAGGUGACUGGCUCGAAAGAAAGGAUGUCAAGUGCAACCAAACGAGUGGUUGAGGAACAGGAAGAACAUGGACGCAGUUCAAAGGCCACCAACAAAGAGAUUCGAGUGUCAAAGAUGAAUAGAGAGAAAUCGCGUAGGGAGAGGGAGCUUAAAUCUGGUCACAAGGACCGGUCCAAAAGCCACCGCAAAAGGGACUCCUCUAAGCGUUACAAAACCUCUGAUAGCCCCAAGAGGAAGGGACGGAGUCCACGUACAAAAUAUGGCAGCAGCCCAAAGCAGGAUGACAGUCAUUCUGAUGCAUCAGGUGAGCAGGACUAUGAUGGAAGCCCACCUCGCUCGCAUGGCUCCAGUAACUACACUGAGGGAUACAAGAAAAGCGUGGACAGUCCUAACUACAAAGAGCCCUCUGCUUAUCAGACUAAUACCCGUUCCCCCAGCCCGUACAGCAGGAGGCAGCGUUCUGUCAGCCCCUACAGGAGGAGAUCUUCUAGUUAUGAAAGGGGAAGUGGCUCCUACAGCGGGAGGUCUCCAAGUCCGUAUGGACGCAGGCGGUCCAGCAGCCCUUUUGUGUCCAAGCGCUCAGUAAGCCGGAGUCCAUUGCCCAGGAAGCCAGUGAAAUCUCGAAGCAGGAGUCCCAUAUACUCAAGAAAGUCAUCGUCUUCUCGCAAGAAGCAAAAGUCUCAGUCCCGAAGUCGCCAUUCCAGUAUUUCACCUGCCCGUUUGCCGUUAAACUCCAGUCUAGGUGCAGAGCUUAGUCGCAAGAAAAAGGAGCGAGCACUAGCCGCUGCCGCUGCAGGUAGAGAUCCUAAGGGCAGUCCGUUAAUAAAGAGAGAGAUUGGCGAUGGGAAAGGACUGUCCAUAGCGGAAGCCAAAAAGAUAAUUAAAACUCUUAAGUUAGAUAAAGCUGCUUCUGAUACAGAACUAUCAGUUACAGCAAAUGCGGACAAGACAAUAUCUAGUUCCAUCAAGACAGAGGAGGUUGAAAAGAAACUCUUGAUACCAACCAAGGAUGUGAAAGUUCAAGGAGUAAAAGAAAACAAAUGUACCACCAUCAAAGAGGAGGUCUUAACGCCAAAAGAGGGAGUGUCGGACAAAGAGAAGGAAAAAGAUAUUCCUCCCCCUCUGCCUUCUUUGAAGUCUCCCCCACCUCCUUUACCUGCUUGUUCACCACCUCCUCCACUUCCACCUCUUCCUCCUUCACCUGCCGUUCCUCAGCAGCCUCCCCCGCCUUUACCACCUCCAGUCUCUUUGACAUUCCUGCCUCUUCCUGCCGUAGUGGCUACUUCAGUGACUCCCACCAGUCACACUCGGUCAUCAACUGCGUCCACUCAGGCCAAUUCCCAGCCACCAUCAGUGUCGACCUCCAAGCUACAGCCAUUUGCUAACCUGGUUAUCCCUCACUUAAAAACUUCUACGCUUCCUCCAUUACCGCUUCCACCAUUAUUAUUGGGAGAAGAUUACAUGGAGAGUCCUAUGGAAGUUAUGCCUUCCAAACCUGCCAGGAGGAAUAAGGAGCAAAGGCCUCGGUACCUUCUCACUGAUCUCCCAUUGCCUCCUGAACUACCAGGGGGGGAUCCAUCUCCUCCAGAAUCUCCAGAGCCAAAAGUGGAAACACCUCCUCAGCAACCCUUAAAGAAGAGACCAAAAAUUUGCUGUCCCCGUUAUGGCGAAAGGAAGCAGAAAGAAAUUGAUUGGGGUAAGCGCUGCGUGGACAAGUUUGACAUUAUUGGCAUCAUUGGAGAAGGAACCUAUGGCCAAGUGUACAAAGCCAAGGACAAGGACACUGGAGAACUUGUUGCCUUAAAGAAAGUGCGUCUUGAUAAUGAAAAAGAAGGCUUCCCAAUUACUGCAAUCCGAGAAAUUAAAAUCCUUCGACAACUUAUCCACAGAAGUGUUGUGAACAUGAAGGAGAUAGUCACCGAUAAGCAGGAUGCCCUGGACUUUAAGAAAGACAGAGGUGCCUUUUACUUGGUCUUUGAAUAUAUGGAUCAUGAUCUUAUGGGGCUGCUGGAAUCUGGUCUGGUACAGUUCUCUGAAGACCAUAUAAAAUCUUUUAUGAAGCAGUUAAUGGAAGGACUUGAUUACUGUCACAAGAAAAAUUUCCUGCAUAGAGACAUCAAGUGCUCCAACAUUUUAUUGAACAACAGUGGGCAGAUAAAGCUGGCUGAUUUUGGACUGGCACGGUUAUAUAAUUCAGAAGAAAGCCGUCCAUACACAAAUAAAGUGAUAACUCUCUGGUACCGACCUCCGGAGCUGCUGCUGGGAGAGGAAAGGUACACCCCUGCCAUCGAUGUGUGGAGUUGUGGCUGUAUCUUGGGUGAACUCUUUACAAAGAAACCAAUAUUUCAGGCUAAUCAGGAAUUGGCUCAACUUGAACUAAUCAGUCGUCUCUGUGGAAGUCCCUGCCCUGCUGUCUGGCCAGAUGUCAUUAAAUUGCCAUAUUUUAACACCAUGAAACCCAAGAAACAGUAUAGACGACGGUUACGAGAGGAAUUCUCCUUCAUCCCCACCCCUGCACUGGAUCUGUUGGACCACAUGCUAACCCUGGACCCUAAUAAGCGUUGCACUGCAGAGCAGGCUCUUCUGAGUGACUUUCUAAAGGAUGUAGAUGUCCAUAAGAUGCCACCACCUGAUCUUCCACAUUGGCAGGACUGCCAUGAACUUUGGAGUAAGAAGAGGAGGAGACAGCGGCAGAGCGGCAUUGUUAUAGAGGAACCUCCUGCCAUUAAAGCUCCACGAAAGGAAAGUGUGUCGGUGCCUGCAGCAGACCCUAUCAAGAACAAUAGCCCUGCACCUCCUGAACCUGCUAAAGUGGAGACUGGAACAGCAGACUCGGCUGUUUUGGAGGAUCUCACACAGCAUCUAAACCCGAGUGAACUGGCUGUUCUGCUGAAUCUUCUCCAGAGUCAAACGGACCUCAGUGUUGCCCAGAUAUCCCAGCUCCUAAAUGUUCAGGCCAAUCCAGACAUGCAGCAUCAGCUGGAGGCUCUCAACCAGUCAAUAACUGAAUUGACUACCACUGCUCAGACGGUGGAAUCCCAGACAGAAAAUGUAGCCCAAGAUCAAGCUGAAAUGGAAGGGCUGACAACUCAGGGAGAUGUACAGAAUGUUCUAGCUGUCCUGUUGAGCCAGCUCAUCAAACCUCAGGAGGUGGUGGAAGUCCCUGGGGAAAGCAAUGGAGAACAGAGCGGUGUAAAUCCAACUAUACGGUUAAGACCAGAGGAAGAAGAGGAAACCGCGGUGUUGGAAGAGGAUGACGCAGAUGGUGUCAAAGGAAGUAACCUUUCCCCAGCUUCUGAGCCUCGUAUCCUGCCGCCAGAAAAGAGACCACCUGAGCCACCGGGUCCCCCUCCUCCACCGCCUGUUUCAGAGGAAGAUGCUGCAGAUGCAAAUCCAGUGGUGACUACUGCCCCAGUGCAACUUUUUACUCAUUCUGAAGUGGAGCCAGACCUUGUGGAGGGGGUUAAAGAUGCUCACAGACUACCGUCAGACUUUUCCCGAAAACUAUCCUCCAGGACUUACAGCUCUGAGGGCCCAGAGGAUGUAUAUAAUGUAGGGUCUGAGGACAGAGACUCAGGGCAGCUGCUUGGGGAUGGUUCCCCUCAGUCAGUAACAAAAAGCAGGACAUUCCCAGCACAGCUAGGGGAAACAAGUGGUUACCAGGGAACAGGAUGCCUGCAAUUCCCAGGGGAUCAAGACCUCAGGUUUACAAGGGUCCCUCUAGGAAUGCACUCCGGCACAGUGCCUCCAACUGGACAAGUAGAGGGGAGCAGUAACAGUUCCCACCUUUACCAAGAAGCCAAAAUCUCCAAUUACAGUGAGUUGGGGUCGGGGACUGCAGCAGCAGGAACAAACCAGGCUUGGGCAGCCCCCUCUCAGGCUUUUAGCAAGGCAUUCAGAGCACCAACCCGAACACCUUCAAGAGGCGGACGGGGACGAGGAGUCCCUUUCUAAAAUCCAUUGACGUUACCGUGAAACCUCCAUCCUUCCGAUCUGCCCCCUAAUAGGGUGACAGAUACAAUGUGGCUGAUUGUAACGGCUGCAACUACUCUAUACCCGCAGAGCCUUGAAAUUUAUUUGGGAUUGCGAAAAAAAAGGGGUUGUGUGAGAAAAGUGGUACUGACUUGAGAAUGGUCCAUUGCUGCUCCAUGUGUUGGACACCUCAGUCUUUUGACAUGGUUUGUCCAUCCCUUACUCAUUUUCUAUUUUGGCUAUGUGACGGUUCAUCAGAAAUGGCAAGUAUCCCUGUUUUAGGUUGUGGAACACAGGUUAUGUGUUUUAAGUAAUCUCUUCUGCCACUAAAGGGCUCACCAUGCUCCUUCUGUUGCAUCUAGACCCUUAUGGCAAUUUAAGUGGUAAGUGGCAUCGCUCAGGAAACUGGAACUAGAGCGAUGCCACGUCAAUGCAGCUGGCUGUGUAAAAAAAAAAUGUUCAUUUUUAUUUUCUUGUGUCAUGAACUUCUGGGUGAUACAUGCCCCUCACUGUCCUCCAAUCAGCACCUCCUUGUUUUCAAUGUACCUCAACUUUGGCAAAGAAUCUCCUGACCUUAGACUGGCGGUGGACAGGUGGUAUUAUUCUUAUGCCCUGUUGUGUUUGUAUAAAUCUAUACUUUUUUAAGUUUAUUUUUUAGGGCUAAAUAGGCCGUUGCGACACAAAAUCUUUUUCUUUUUUUUUUUUUUUUCUUUUUUUGACCCACCCUCUUUUCAUAUUCCCCAAACACUGCAAAUGACGGUGAUUUUUUUAUUUUAUUUUUGUUUAAUCUGUCAAAGGGCCUAGAUGAAUAAAUACAAAUUACCAAAAGGAAAUCCUGUGUUUUCCAUGGUUACCAAGUGAUUUUGCUGUUAAGAUCCUGUACUGUUCUUUUGCUGUAAUGAUAAACUGCAUACAUGGUACUCAUCCUAGACUCCUUUUUAGUAAAUUUGGAGAGAAUCUAUUGUGCAUUUACACAUGGCAGUCAUUCAGCUUGCAGCUUUUGCUUAAAGGCCAUGUACACCUUUCGGGGAUGGGGGCAAUUUUUGUUUCAAUGCGUUUUACUCAUUUUGGGCUAAAAAAAAUAUCUCUUUUUCAAUUUGCCUUUACUAAGAAUAUUGAGCAGUUCUGUCACAAAGGGUCUAGCUGUGUGAAUCAUACUUUAACUUUGCGCCAGCCAUCUAAUAAACCUUAUUUCUAAAUUAUUAAAAGGUCAUUAAUACUUAUUUUAAGACUGUAUUACACUGGCCAAUAUUUGUCGAUAAUCGCUAAUGAGUGUUUGCAUGACUGCUUGUUAGCAAUCAUCUUGCAGUGUUAUACUGGCGCUUAAAAAUCAGUGAUUGCCGGCAAAUCACUAGUCCUGCAGAGGAGAUUACUGCAUGUAAUAGCAGCGGUGUCCUCCGCUAGCUAGCAAGCGGUUACAGCGUGGGAACACUACCCUCCAGACAAUUGCUUGCUGAUCUGCCUGUCUAAUUCAGGCUUUAGCCACAUUCUUAAGAUACCUGUUGAGCUAUAAUGAGUGUUUAUAAGGUCAGAGAUAAGGAGCCGUAAGCUGAGCUGCUUGACGGGACAGAGUGAAAAUUCAGAUCCUACUACUAGGGAAACUCAAGACUGCACAAAAGACCGUGGUUAUUAUUAUUUUUUUUAAUAAAGACCAAUUGAAAAAUUAUUGUUCCCUCAAUCAGUACAAUGCAAUAAUUUAAAAAAAAUUGCCCCCAAAGCCUUUAAAGGCUAUGUACACCUUUUUAGAGGCAUUUUAUUAAUGCAUUAUACUUAUUUUGAGCAAGUAAUCAUUUUUUCAGUUGGCCUCUAUUAACGAUAUGGAAUCCUUUUUUCUGUACAGAGCGGAGAUGCUCUACUAGAUGCCUGUGGAUUCAUUUGUCUUUUCCGUCAUCUGAGGAGCAGAUGGGCUCCUUAUCUCUGACCUUAUAAACACUCAUUAAAGCUCAAUCCUAAUCUUACUGAUAAGAAUGUGGUUUAAAUAAGUGUUUAUGACCUCUCAGUAGUUUAGAGAUCAGGGUAAUUAGCAAAGUGAAAGUGUCAGUCACACAGAAAAACAGUUAACCCUUUGUGACUGAAUAGCUCAAUAUUUUUAAUAAAGGCCAAUUGAAAAUAUGAGCCACAAAUAAGUUAAAUUCAAUAAUAAAAAUUGACUUCAAAGGUGUACAUAACCCUUGGUAACCUCCAGAAAUUGAUUUGUGAUGCCAAUGGUUUAUGAAAAUUAAAAAAAGGGGGGUGGGGGGGUGGAGGGCCUUGUGAACUGGUAGCCAUGGGCAGCUGCUCCACUUUUCCUUGUAAUAAAGCUACCAAUGUUAUUCCAGAUGACCAGGAUACAUUUUAUAACCAGUUAUAUGGUUAAGGCCUCAUGCACAUGGCUGUCUUUUUUGCAUCUGUGUCUGAUCUGCCUGUUUUGUAGAUUUCACAUGGCCCCGUUCAUUUCUAUGGGUCUGCAAAAAUACGGACAGCAAACAGAAUUUAUCCAUGUGUCCAUUCCGCAACCUAUAGAACAUGUCCUAUUCUUGUCCGUAUUGCAGACAAGAAUGUCCAUUUCUAGUAAUGGGAGUGAAAAAAUGUGGAUUGCCCAUGGGAAGGUUUACGGACCACAAUGCGGACAUGGUCAUGUGCAUGAGGCCUGCAAGGCCUGAAGCUUCAUGCACAUGAUCGUCUCUACAUUUCAGUUUGCAAGCCAUAGAUCCUUGAAUGUGCGUGUUUUUCUCACUUCUAUCAAUAGGAAUGACUUUGCUCGUCUGCAAAAGGUAAUGUUCUAUAAUUUGUGGAACUGCCACACGGAACCACAAUCUGUGUGCAUGGCCCCAUAGAAAUGAAUCUGUCAGUGUGGGACAGCACAUGGAUGAAAAAUAUGAUCGUAUGCAUGAGGCCUAACAGACACAACACUGGUCUAUCCUAGUCUCUUUGGACAUGCUAGAAAUUGUCAUGUAAGAAUUGCCAUAAAAUUCAUGUAUUUCAUGUCA